GAUGAAAACACCCUAAUAGAACUAAUGGACUCCGGGUCUCGGAACUGGGCUCUUGUGGGACCCAGCUCACUCGCCAACCCCUUCUGGCGCGGGUUGGUCUGUUAGUCGGGCAGCGACACUCUCCGAAUACCACCUCACGGGGCCUUCAGAGCGGCUGGUGAGCCCUCGUAUCCCGGCUGGGCCCCUUCUCAGCAGCGGGACAGCAGCAGGCACCAUGUUGUCCAUGACGUACAGCGAGAGCCUGAGGAGUGUGAGCAGCAAAUGCCCAUCCGACUGGGCCCUGCACCCUGUCCGCAAGACGGACACGCUGGAGCUGCAGCGCCUGCGAGAGGUGCGGGCGGCCGUCCAGGCCAGGAACAUGGAGAGCUUCCUCCGCAUGCACGGGCUCUCCCUGGACAGCUGCACCGCCCAGCGCACGGGCAUGAAGUAUCGGAAUCUGGGAAAGUCCGGCCUGCGGGUCUCCUGCCUCGGCCUUGGAACAUGGGUGACCUUCGGGGGCCAGAUCACAGACGAGCCCUGGAGCCCAGGCUGUGCUGACCGGCACCUGGCUGAGGUGGUCCUAGGAAACAUUAUUAAGAAGAAAGGCUGGAGGCGAUCCAGCCUCGUCAUCACUACCAAAAUCUUCUGGGGUGGAAAGGCGGAGACGGAGCGGGGCCUGUCCAGGAAGCACAUCAUUGAAGGUCUGAAAGCCUCCCUGGAGCGGCUGCAGCUGGAGUACGUGGACGUGGUGUUUGCUAACCGCCCCGACCCCAACACGCCCAUGGAAGGGGACCCAUUUAGUUCCUCCAAGUCCAGGACAUUCAUCAUAGAAGAAACGGUACGUGCCAUGACCCACGUCAUCAACCAGGGGAUGGCCAUGUACUGGGGCACUUCGCGCUGGAGCUCUAUGGAGAUCAUGGAGGCCUACUCAGUGGCCCGGCAGUUCAACCUGACCCCGCCCAUCUGCGAGCAGGCAGAGUACCACCUGUUCCAGCGCGAGAAGGUGGAGGUGCAGCUGCCGGAGCUGUUCCACAAGAUAGGAGUAGGCGCCAUGACCUGGUCCCCUCUGGCCUGUGGCAUCAUUUCUGGGAAGUAUGACAGCGGCAUCCCGCCCUACUCAAGAGCCUCCCUGAAGGGCUACCAGUGGCUGAAGGACAAGAUUCUGAGUGAGGAAGGCCGGCGCCAACAGGCCAAGCUGAAGGAGCUACAGGCCAUUGCUGAGCGCCUGGGCUGCACCCUGCCCCAGCUGGCCAUCGCCUGGUGCUUGAGGAACGAGGGGGUCAGCUCCGUGCUCCUGGGAGCUUCUAACGCCGACCAGCUGAUGGAGAACAUCGGCGCCAUCCAGGUCCUUCCAAAACUGUCGUCUUCCAUCAUCCACGAGAUUGAUAGCAUUUUGGGCAAUAAACCCUACAGCAAAAAGGACUAUCGCUCCUAAGCCCCGCCCCGACACCCUCUCGGACAGCCCCUCCCCCUCGCCAUCUCUGUCCACUCGCCUCGCUUAUGCUGUUGUCUCCUCGUUGUGAAGCCCAGUGAAGAGUGUCGUUUGCACCCAAAAGACACAACAGGCCGCUGGGACUUGGAGCCUAGCCACCGACUGACCAACCAACCAGGAAGGAUCCUGGGGCCACCAUUCACCCUCCCAAAGGAGCCCACCUCCUCCCAGCCCAGCGCUGCACCCUCCUAACCAGCAUGGGCCAGGGGACCUACCUGGGCCCUCCUCUGCCAGGACCUCGCCCCCCAUCUGGCGCUGGGGGAGUGGUGCUGUCUGAAGGGCACAGGCUGCCUGCCCUUCCUGUGCCCCCCUGUGCUGGGGCCCAGAUUCUGGAGGCAGUGCCUCCCCCAACCUCCUGCUGAGUGAGCUCUCCUGAGCUCUGCCAUACCCUUCCCCACCUCUGUCAGCCCUGCCCCCCUGUGUCUCAGCCAGGCUGACCCUUAACCCCCACCCCACCGCAGGCCCUUGCUGGCAGGGGCAGGGCCUCUCGGGAGGCUGUUGGAGCAGGCUCCAGGGGCCUCUCCGCUGGCUGCCUGCCUGCCCUCCCUGCCCUCAGCCUGGAGCUGAGCAUUCCUUCAGGGCCCGCACAGGCACGCCCCUCCUGUGCACAUCCCCCACUGGUCUCAGCCCACCCUGUCACCCCCACCCCCACCUGCUUGGCCCUGCUCCAGAUGGUCUUGGGGUCUGCAGAGGGAACAUGCCAGAGACUCCGCACAGACUGCAUGCUAGAGGCAGGGAGACCUGACCACUGGUGGUGUCAGGAAGA